AUGUUUGUUAUACUUCGUCAUAUAGGUGGUGCUUCGCUGAAUCUAUGUUGUAUUUGCGGUAGUCGCAUCCUUGCUUAUCUUGAUAUUAUAUUAUCUGUUAGUGCGUCCACCAAGGAAUUACGUGAUUCACCAACCGAGGCUAUAGCUUUGAGUACAGCAACCGAGGCUAUAGCUGAGAGUACAGCAACUGAGGCUAUAGCUGAGAGUACAGCAACCGAGGCUAUAGCUUUGAGAAGUAGAGCAACCGAGGCUAUAGCUGAGAGUAGAGCAACCGAGGCUAUAGCUGAGAGUAGAGCAACCGAGGCUAUAGCUGAGAGUAGAGCAACCGAGGCUAUAGCUGAGAGUAGAGCAACCGAGGCUAUAGCUGAGAGUAGAGCAACCGAGGCUAUAGCUGAGAGUAGAGCAACCGAGGCUAUAGCUGAGAGUAGAGCAACCGAGGCUAUAGCUGAGAGUAGAGCAACCGAGGCUAUAGCUGAGAGUAGAGCAACCGAGGCUAUAGCUGAGAGUAGAGCAACCGAGGCUAUAGCUGAGAGUAGAGCAACCGAGGCUAUAGCUGAGAGUAGAGCAACCGAGGCUAUAGCUGAGAGUAGAGCAACCGAGGCUAUAGCUGAGAGUAGAGCGACCGAGGCUAUAGCUGAGAGUAGAGCGACCGAGGCUAUAGCUGAGAGUAGAGCGACCGGGGCUGUAGCUGAGAGUAGAGCGACCGGGGCUGUAGCUGAGAGUAGAGCGACCGGGGCUGUAGCUGCGAGUACAGCGACCGGGGCUGUAGCUGCGAGCACAGCGACCGGGGCUGUAGCUGCGAGCACAGCGACCGAGUCAUUUGCAAUUUUACCACAAUUACAUAGUAUUUGGAUAAAUUUUAAACAAGGUUCUUUAUUAGCACAUGAAUAA